GCCAGUUCGAUACGCCUCUUCCAGUAAGCCUUGGAUACUAUUCGCUUCAUCGCUGUCGAGAUAAGAUAGUACUAUUCAAUUUGAUUUUAUUUGAUUUUAUUUUGUUUGAUUUUCAACCCACACCAUCUUGUCUGAUAACGCAACGAGCAUUGACAAUGGCCGAUAAGCUUCGCAACCAACAAGAGCUCGAACGCCUCCAGGCCAAAUACAUCGGAACUGGCCAUCCCGACACGUCCAGCUGGGAGUGGCGGACAAACAUCCAGCGAGACACGUACGCCUCGAUUGUCGGCCAUCGACCUCUUCUCUCCUACAUCUCGCUGGCAGAAAACGAGCCAUUGACCAAGACGCGGGCUCAAAUGAUACGGAAAAUGGUUCAGCCAUGCGGACCCCCACCCCCACGGGAAGAUUGAUUUCAAACACGACUCCUACUAAAGCGCACGACGAUUUACAAACAAAGAUGCAGCCAUAGAUGGCGAGAUUCAUGCCAUGUUGUAUCAUUCGAAAGACACAUGUCAGAUGCAUCUCGUGUGUGAUUUUCGGAUGAGAAUGGCGGUGCAGAACGGCAGAUUCGCACGACAAGAUACCCCUUUUAUAAUUAAGCAGCAACUAGAGUAUUUCAGCAGGAUUAAUAGAAAAUAUUAUAUUGACCGAAUCCAACAGAAGAGGAAUCUUUU